AUGUCUCUCAAUCUUGACGAAAACGCGUGGUACCAAGUCAACGUGACAAAAUUCACAGGUUUAUCUCUCCUGGGCACCUCAUUAUUCAAGGACGGCAAUACCGGCGCAGUUUUCUAUCAAAACACCAACGCGAGUUCUAGAGGGCAGAGCUGGCAGUUCUACCCCUAUAACUCUUCCGUGUACUUGCUACGAUGCAAAGACGGAGGACCGAAUGCCUACCUGGCCGCUGCUGCAGGGAAGGCGAACGCUGAUUCAUCGGCUGUAAGCGGAAAUACGGUUCCCAUAAUGGCAAACUACAACGUGACAGAUGAUUCUAUGUUCUGGCAGGUGGAACCGUGGGGGGAUGGGACAUAUUACUUUCACAAUCUGGCCAACGGGUCGGAUUGGCGGCUGAACGUGCGGGACAACGCCUUGAUGGCCAUGGACUCAAACAUUACUUCGGCGCAGUCGGGCGAGCAUUUCACAUUCACCAGCUUGAGCACCAUAGGAGACAGCCGAUACUCGACAGUGAAUACAUACCCGACUACAAGUCGAACAGCAAAUGCAGUCGCACCGACAACUACUACCACCGGCACGGCCACCGCGACAGGAGAUCCUGCCCCAUCCUCGACAGGGACAUCCCCUUCAGAACCGUCAGGCGGGCUGUCGACGGGUGCAGCCGCAGGGAUAGGGGUCGGGGUGGGGCUCGCUGUUGUCAUUCUAGUGGCCCUGUCUGCGAUAUUCUUCAUCCGCAGGAGGAAAAACACGACAGCAGCGUCCCGGCCGGCGCAGAUGAAUCCCACGGAAGAGGUGAAGUACCAACCCGCCGACAGCGGGCGUUUUCACGAGAUGGGCACACCACACACGUACGCGGAAAUGCCGACCUCGGCGACGUCGCGGCCGCAUGAGUUAUGGGCGCAACCUAUGGAGCUUCAAGGAGACAGCAGACGAUAG